AACGGUGCAGAUUUUAUUUUUAAAUUCCCUUCGGCACAUUUCUCCCGUGUUACUACACACAAUACAUUGCUCACGUUUAUCUUCGAAUUCCGUGGAAGAUAUCAGCCAUUGCUCAAUGAUUACAUAAAUUUCAAGCAUUAUAAUAUAACUGGAGGAAAACGAACCUUUUUAUUUCCACGUUUGUGUACAUUUAGAAGAAACGAAGAAGACGAGGUUUGAAAAAAACAGCGUGGAGCGAGCCGGGCGACCCGCAGGACGUUCGAAAUCACGUCGAGUUGAACGGGCUGAUCUCGAUAGCUCGACGAGGCACGACGAGUGUUCGCUUUCUCGAGAGUUCAGCCUGAUUCUCGUCUCGAGGGAGACGGGCAGCAUCUCCUAUUGGGUAUCGGUGUCGCGCGUCGAACGCGGCGAGAAUCCCUCGCGAGACGACGUCGAAAACGCCCGAAGAGCGCCGAGGACACGGCUGUCGGGGUGAGUCGUCGUCGUUUGCGCGGAGCGCGUACGACCAAUCGAGCGGUUCUCGAGCAUUCUCGGGUCCGUUCAGGGUCGAUGUGGGUCGGCUGUGCGGGGCGGUUUGGAACAGGGCAUCUCUCACAUCACCCUCGUCGCCCGGUCAAUCCCGCGAGAUCGUUCGAUCGACGGAUUGUCGCGUGUGGCCGAGAGUGGCGCGUUGUUCUUACAUGUUUUUUUAACGGGACACCGACGAGAAAAGGGUCAGAAGGUGAGAAGGAAGCCUGAUGGGUGUCAGGACAGCGAGGGGACGAGGGCAGGCUUCCUCGUACUCGCGUCUCGCGGCGAGCAGCGUCGUCGGGUCGCCGUCUCGUCGCCUGGAGCCGCGUGCAACGAAAUCGGCGAGCAGACCGUGCUCGUUCCUGUUAUGCGCGCACGCCAAGCGCCCGGAGUGUUUAUAACUGCACGACGUUCGUCAGUGCUCGUGGCGGAGGAGGCACAGGGAAAGGGAAAGGGCGACGAGGUGGAGGACGGGGAGGAAACUUGACAGAAGUGAGCAGAAGCGGCGGGGGAGGGAGCGAGGACGAGGGAGAAGAACGAGACAGAAAGAGAGAGAGAGAGAGAGUCUCCUGAGUCAGAGAGAAAAAGAGCGAGAGAGGCGCGAUCUCCGUGUAGCGCGCUCGCUUGGUCGGAGAGGAGAGAGAGAGACAGCGGUGUGACAGUGACGGAGAGAGAACGAGGAACGACGUUCGCGGCCGACGACGUAAUUCAUCGGUGUCCCCCCGGUGAGUGAACGCGAAAAGGCAUCGUGGUUCCGAGCUUCCCUUCAUUUUCCGCGCCUCCUCAGCGUGCUGCGGUGGUCAGUGCCGUUGCCCGAGAAAGAGAGAGAGAGGGAACGAAGUGACGUGCGGAGGUUCGGCGGCCUUGGGGAAUUAUCGUCGUCCGACUCUCGGGGACUCCGGAUAACCUGGUCGGCUCGGUGCGCACGCCGAGCUCCCGUGUCACUUUGACAGUCACAGUGUGACAGUUCGUCGAUCGGUCGGUCGGCAGGCUCGUCUCAUCACGCCGUCCGUCGAUCGAACUCUUCGCCUCCCGCACGCUCGAUCUCCGCCAAGAUCACAAUGUUCACGGGCACGAUGAAGAUCGAGAUCUGCGAGGCGGUGGGGCUACGCGCGACCGACAAGCAGCGGAAAUUCUGGCAGGACGAGCCUAUACUCGAUCCGUACGUGCAGCUGGACGUCGACGAGAACCACCUGUACCGCUCGUCCACCAAGCCGAAGACCUUCGAUCCCGUGUGGAACGAGUGCUUCAUCCACGAGGUGCAGGACGCGGUCACGCUUGGCUUCACCGUCUUCCACGACUCGGCACUGCCGCCGGAUUACUUCGUUGCCAAUUGCAGCAUCCCGUUCGAGGAGCUGGUCAGCCGGAACGGCAAGACUACCGACUUCUGGGUUGACCUGGAACCUCAAGGGAAACUGAGAGUGAAGAUAGACUUGAAAUGGAAUGACCAAGACCGACAGACAAGUUGCGGCACGGGCGGCGAUGGUGAGGCCAUCGGCGGCAGGGGCAUCGGCAGCAUCACCGCCAGCAAGGAGCCACGGCGGGAAUUCAAGGAGAGGCAGGGCUUCAAUCGCCGGCGAGAUGCGAUGCGACGGAGGGUCCACCAGGUGAACGGGCACAAAUUCAUGGCGACCUUCCUGAGGCAGCCGACCUUCUGCUCGCACUGCCGUGAAUUCAUCUGGGGCUUGGGCAAGCAGGGCUAUCAGUGUCAAGUGUGUACCUGCGUCGUCCACAAGAGAUGCCACAAGUUGGUGAUAACCAAGUGCCCGGGAAUGAAGGAUGCGGGUAAAGCAACUGCGUUACAGUCGAGUCAGGACACAGAGAGCCCGCGCUUCAGCAUAGACAUGCCCCAUCGGUUCGGCCCGCACAACUACAAGAGAUUCACGUUUUGUGACCACUGCGGAUCCCUGUUAUACGGUUUAUUCAAGCAGGGUUUACAAUGCGAAGCCUGCAACAUGAACGUUCACAAGCGUUGCCAGAAGAAUGUGCCGAACAGCUGCGGCAUCAAUACCAAGGCAAUGGCCGAGAUUCUCAGGCAGAUGAAUAUCUCCGCGGACAAGCACGUGAAAACUCCGAAGAUCAACUACAGAAUAACCGCAGGCGCCUCGGCGUCCACGGUCGCGGACGAGCUGGCCACGGACAAUUUGCAGGCGGGCCAGAAGGCAUUAGAAACACCAAUCAACGCCAAUGAGAACGCGGUGCCGGUGAACGGCAGUGAACAGAGAAAGUUCGGUAUAGAUGAUUUUAAUUUUAUCAAAGUCCUGGGUAAGGGCAGUUUCGGUAAAGUGAUGCUAGUGGAACGAAAGACUAACCCCGACGAGGUUUACGCCGUGAAGAUCCUGAGGAAAAGCGUGAUCCUCCAAGACGACGACGUGGACUGCACGAUGACGGAGAAGCGGAUCCUGGCCUUGGCGGCGAAGCAUCCCUUCCUCACGGCCAUCCACAGUUGCUUCCAAACGACCGACCGACUUUUCUUCGUCAUGGAAUACGUGAACGGAGGUGAUUUGAUGUUCCACAUUCAGAAGGCUCGGAAAUUCGACGAGGCAAGGGCGCGCUUUUACGCGGCGGAGGUGACGCUCGCGCUUCAGUUUCUGCACAAAAAUCACGUGAUAUACCGCGACCUGAAGUUGGACAACAUACUGUUGGAUCAAGAGGGACAUUGCAAACUCGCGGACUUCGGCAUGUGCAAGGAGAACAUAAUCGAGGGCCAAACUACGACGACGACGUUCUGCGGCACGCCGGACUACAUCGCGCCCGAGAUACUUCAGGAAAUACAGUACGGUGCUAGCGUCGAUUGGUGGGCCCUCGGUGUUCUCAUGUACGAGAUGAUGGCCGGACAGCCGCCGUUCGAGGCCGAGAACGAGGACGAGCUGUUCGAGUCGAUCUUACGGGACGACGUGCUCUACCCGGUGUGGAUCACCAAGGAAGCGGUGUCCAUAUUGAAAGGCUUCAUGACUAAAAAUCCUGCCAAGCGAUUAGGCUGCGUCGUAUCUCAAGGCGGCGAGGACGCCAUAAAGAUACAUCCCUUUUUCCAACACAUGGACUGGGAGGCGCUCGAGGCGCGCAGGUUAAAGCCACCAAUUAGACCUAAAAUUAAAAACGAGAAGGACGCUAUGAACUUCGACACGGAAUUCACCAAGGAGGACCCCGUGUUAACGCCGGAAGAAACGGAGGACGUGAACUACAUUAACCAAGAGGAGUUUCGUGGUUUCUCCAUGGUCAACAAGGACUUUAAUCCAGCCAGGUGGCGAAUGCGCUAAGUCGCGAAGCUGGAAAGAUCGGCGUUCGCGAAGCUGCUCGAGGUCUCCUUUGGCCGUUACGUCCGAUUCGGAGAU